AUCUGGCCCGUUGUGUGUGUGUGUGUGCUAACAUUUAUAACAUUGGAUGCAGUAAUUAUAGUCACCACAGGAUGGCAAUAUCACUCACUGCAUGUGGAACGUUUAAACAGGAAGUGAUGUAAACAAAGGAAGUGAUCUAAAGAAGAAACAGGAAGUGAUGUAUAGAAAGGAAGUGAUCUAAAGAAGGAACCGGAAGUGAUGUAUAGAAAGGAAGUGAUCCAAAGAAGGAACAGGAAGUGAUGUAAGACAAGGCGUUAUAUAAGGUAAAGACAGGAAGUUGUUAGAGACUAAAGAAUUCGUUAGGGAGAAGACGUCACUGGAUUACACAGAGGAGCAGAUGGGCAGAAUUUAUUUAAAUACAUCGGAGAGACGUCCUAUUAAAGCUUCAGGUUGUACCGCAGAAGAUAGUGACAUUGCACAUUAAUGAUGGAUCCUUCUUAUUCGGCUGAACCUUCUGAUAAAUCCCAUACUAUGACAUCAGAUGUCCAUCUAAGAUCAAUGGGUCCUUCUAAUCCUGAGGAACCUUCUGAUAAAUCCCAUACUAUGACAUCAGAUGUCCAUCUAAGAUCAAUGGAUCCUUCGAAUCCUGAGGAACCUUCUGAUAAAUCCCAUACUAUGACUUCAGAUGUCCAUCUAAGAUCAAAGAAUCCUCCUAAACUUGAGGAACAUUCUGAUAAAUCCCAUACUAUGACCUUUGAUGUUCAUCUAAGAUCAAUAGAUCCUUCUAAUCCUGAGGAACCUUCUGAUAAAUCCCAUACUAUGACAUCAGAUGUCCAUCUAAGAUCAACGGAUCUUUCUAAUCCUGGGGAACCUUCUGAUAAAUCCCAUACUGUGACUCCAGAUGUCCAUCUAUCCCAUACUAUGACCUCGGAUGUCCAUCUAAGAUCAAUGGGUCCUUCUAAUCCUGAGGAACCUUCUAAUAAAUCCCAUACUAUGACUUCAGAUGUCCAUCUAAGAUCUAUGAAUCCUAAUCCUGAGGAAUUUUCUGAUAAAUCCCAUACUAUGACUUCAGAUGUCCAUCUAUCCCAUACUAUGACUUCAGAUGUCCAUCUAUCCCAUACUAUGACCUCAGAUGACCAUCUAAAAUCAAUGGAUCCUUCUAAUCUUGAGGAACCUUCUGAUAAAUCCCAUACUGUGACUUCAGAUGUCCAUCUAAGAUCAAUGGGUCCUUCGAAACGUGAGGAACCUUCUGAUAAAUCCCAUACUAUGACCUCAGAUGUCCAUCUAAGAUCAAUGGAUCCUUCUAAUCCUGAGAAACCUUCUGAUAAAUCCCAUACUAUGACCUUGGAUGUCCAUCUAACUUCUCACAAUGCUGAUAGAUCAAAAAAUCCAUCCAAUCCCCAGAAAUCCUAUUCAAGCCAUGAGGGAGCUCACACAGGAGGGAGCUCAUUGUCAUGUUCGGAGUGCGGAAAAUAUUAUUCUAAUAAAGGUAACCUUGUUGUACACCAGAGAAUUCACAAGGGUGAGCAUUCUUAUUCAUGUUCGGAGUGUGGAAAAUGCUUCUAUAGGAAAGAUAAAUUUGUUGCACACCAGAGAAUUCACAAGGGUGAGCGCCCUCAUUCAUGUUCGGAUUGCGGUAAGAGUUUUACAAGGAAAGAAUCCCUUCUUGUACACCAGAAACGUCAUACAGGAGAACAUUCUUUUCCCUGUUUAGAGUGCGGGAAAUAUUUUUCUAGUAAAGAAUACCUUCUUAUACACAAGAGACUUCACACAGGUGAGCGUCCCUUUUGCUGUUCAGAGUGCGGAAAAGGUUUCCCUGACAAAGCGAGCCUCGUUAGACACCAAAGAAAUCACACUGGUGAGCGUCCCCAUUCAUGUUCGGAAUGCGGGAAAUCUUUUAUUUCGAAAGUAAAUCUUCGUAAUCACCUGAGAACUCAUACAGGCGAACGUUCCUAUUCCUGUUCAGAGUGCGGAAAAUGUUUUGCUAAACAAGGAAACCUCCUUAGUCACCAGAGAAUUCACACGGAGGAGCGUCCCUUUUCCUGUUCAGAGUGUGGGAAAAGUUUUUCUGCUAAAGGAAACCUUCUGAAACACCGAAGACUUCACACUGGUGAGCGUCCCUUUUCAUGUUUAGAGUGCGGCAAAAGUUUUUCACAAACAGGGUCUCUUCUUACGCACCAGAGACUUCAUACAGGCGAGUGUCCUUUUUCCUGCUUAGAGUGCGGCAAAUCUUUUUCCGACAAAAGAAACCUUCUUAAACACCAGAGAGUUCACACGGGUGAGCGUCCCUUUUCCUGCUUAGCGUGCGGAAAGUGCUUUUCUGAACAAGGAAACCUUCGUAAACAUGAAAAACGUCACGCUGGAAAGCAGUCUAGUGAGCAUCCUUAUUCAUGUUCAGAGUGCGGGAAAUCUUUCACCUCCAAAGAAGGCCUUGUUAGUCACCAGAGAAUCCACUCAGGUGAGCGUCCUUAUUCAUGUUCAGAGUGCGGGAAAUCUUUCACCAUGAAAGGACACCUUGUGAGACACCAGAAAAGUCACUCGGGUGAGCGUCCCUAUUUAUGUACAGAGUGCGGGAAAAGUUUCACUGCGAAACAAUCCCUUCUUGCUCACAUGAUAGUACACAGCUCAGAGCAUCCGAGCAACUUUCAGACUGUGAUAGAUGUUGUACAGAUCACAUAAGUCUAAUCGGAGAGAAGACGCCCGCUGACGUGUUUCGUCAAAUGGACGAUGGCUUUAAUUGGGUGGAACUGUUCAGUCCAUAGAAGACCUGUAGGAUAAAAUAUGAUUAUAUAAUGGGGCACUGGCGGUGCGUCGAAAGUGGGCGCAGGAGCGCCGCCCCCUCUCUCCUGCACCGUCACUGAAACAAUACAUAGAUUCAUGCAUUGCA